AGGCCUGCGUCACAGCUGAGAAUAUUCGUCACUCUUCGGCAUCCACCGUGGAUCGUAGAAACAAUCGGAACGCGCCAUUUUCAUCUCUUUUCAGACGAGGUUGCGCGAGCAGGCAUGCGCAGAAACAACACCCCGUCAAACGCCGCCAGUGAAGCGGCGCGCCCUGCCGCACCGCGUAACCGCGCCCUUUCUACUAGAACCUAGAAACGAUUUUCAUAAUCAGAAGCUCCUGUAAAACUCAAUAAUCAGUUAAUAUUCUGCAAGACAAAAUGGACAUUGUUUUUUUUAAAGUAUUUAUUUUCAAAUUUCUGCCGUUUUUACCUUGCCGACGUAUACGAUAUAACCGAAUUUCGUGCUGAGUGUGAGUUACUGUGUAUCUGUAUACUUUUAGUAAAUUAAGUGUGCGUGUGUGUAUUUAAGACUUUGAGAUUGCCACAUCGCUCGUUCAGUGAAAAUAUUGGUUCCGAUGUCUUUUCCAUCCGGCAGUGUUUUUUGGGCAUUUACAACAACACAACGCACCUAAGCAUGGUGAUCAGAUAAUGAAGUUUUUUGGAAAUAUUUCUAUAAAACAUUCGAUUCGAGCAUGCUGAAUAAAAGAAAAAUGACUCUGUGGACUAAACUAAAAUCCAAGCUUGUUAAUGAGAAGCAGGGACAUCACGCCCAGACUGAAUUACAAAACAUGUGAUACAACAUUAAAGCUACUUUGACAUGAAGGUAUAUGCCACCAGAUAUGAAGAUAAACCAACUCUAGUGCCGACAUCCUCGACCGAAACACUAAAAUGGUCGACUCAUAGCAUUGGUUUUUCACGUGUGCAUCUAGUAUCCAAAAAGGUGGCUUUAGGCGCAGAAAAAUGUUAAUGUUGAUAAUAUUGUAUUUCAUUUCGUUUCCCGUGCUGACUACCAGAUUAGUCAAAGGUGAAACAACCAUGGAUUCUAAGUCACCACAACCUAUUAUCAGCUCCAGAGUUGUACGCACCAAGUAUGGUGACAUCAGGGGUUUCAUAGUUACACCUGAGUCCAGGUUUUUAGAACCAGUAGAAGUAUUUAGGGGCAUUCCAUACGCAUCUCCGCCCAUAGGCUCCUUAAGGUUUAUGCCACCUGUGUCAGGAGCUCAAUGGUCAGGAGUUAAAAUUGCAGAAGAAUUCAGCCCGGUUUGCCCUCAAGUUCUUCCCGACAUAAGAAACGAGACAGCGGUACUGAAGAGAAUAUCAAAAGGGAGGUUGGAAUACUUGAAAAGGAUACUUCCCUUUUUAACAAAUCAGGCUGAGGACUGUUUAUACUUGAAUAUCUACGCGCCAGCACAAGCCGGCGUACGGGAUGCUGUAGCCAGAUACCCGGUGCUGGUGUUUGUUCAUGGUGAGAGCUACGAAUGGAGUUCUGGCAACGCCUACGACGGCUCAGUGCUGGCGUCGCACGCCGGUCUCGUCGUUGUCACCAUCAACUACCGCCUAGGAAUUCUAGGAUUCCUUAACCCACGUUCAGACGAGUACCCACGCUCGCCAGCAAAUUACGGAUUAAUGGACCAAAUCGCAGCUUUGCACUGGAUCAAAGAGAACGUAGCUGUUUUCGGAGGUGAUCCCACUAACGUCACGCUCAUGGGGCACGGGACCGGCGCUGCCUGCGUGCAUUUCCUACUUACAUCACUGGCUGUUCCGGAAGGUCUACUCUUUCACCGAGCCGUACUUAUGUCAGGGUCUGGCCUUAGUCCAUGGUCGCUUGUGGCUGACCCGAAUAAAUACGCUGCCAUAGUAGCGACACACGCAAACUGCUCGCCAGAACUCACUCCUCCGGCACUUCUAAGAUGUUUACGGGAGCGUCCGCUAGAGUCACUUAUGUCAGCACCAGCGCAAGCACCGGACUUUUCUUAUGCAUUUGGACCUAGUGUUGAUGGCGUCGUUAUUGAUACGGGCGAUCUUCUAAUUAACCCAGAGAAUGGGUAUGAUUGGGGAGGACAACCUAGACAACCAGUGGGCAAGCAAACGCAGAACGCGAUCAACAUCAUCAACGCUGUCUUGAUGCGCAAGAGUGCCAUUGCUCAACUAACCAAGUACGACCUAAUGCUGGGGGUCACAAAGGCCGAGGCCUAUUUCGCAUUCAGCGGCGACGACGUCCAAUACGGUAUAGAGGCUGACAGGAGAUCCAAAAUAUUGAGGUCUUUUGUUAGAAACACAUACAGCUACCACUUAUCGGAAAUUCUGGCUACAAUUAUCAAUGAAUACACGGAUUGGGAGCGUCCAGUGCAACAUCCUAUCAAUAUAAGGGAUGAAACGUUAGAGGCGCUGAGUGACGCCCAAGUAGUGGCUCCGAUAGUUUUGACUGCGGACACACAUUCUGCAUUGAGACGUAAUUCAUAUUUGUAUGUAUUUGACUAUCAGACGAAAUACGGAGACUACCCACAGCGACAAGGCUGCAUCCAUGGCGAGGAGCUGCCCUACAUUUUCGGCGCUCCGCUUGUGGGCGGGCUGGCUCACUUCCCUCGGAAUUACACUAAAGCUGAGGUUGCAUUAUCCGAAUCAGUUAUGCUGUAUUGGGGGAACUUCGCGAAGACUGGAAAUCCUAAUGAAGCUCAAGAAAGUGAUCCCAUACGCGCAGGAAGACAGGAACGGGCAAGGAUGAAGAACAUUGAAUGGACGGCUUAUGAGGCUGUACACAAGAAGUAUAUUAGCAUCGAUACAAAGUCCAAAUUGAAAAAUCACUACCGAGCACAUAGGCUUUCAUUCUGGUUGAAUCUAGUACCAGACCUUCACCGGCCGGGGGGAGAAGAUGUUCCGUCGUCUCAUCACCAGCUUGAUAAUGACGACCUCUCUCUACAACCGACUUUAAAAACAUAUAGCCCGCCGCUUAAGAAAACGACUGAUUUAGUCCUAAUAGAUACAGGAGUUCCCACUAAGUUACCUAUUCUCAACCUAAAUAAUAUAACUUCCCCAUUAAACUUUAAUAUUGUUGGAGUAAAUGCUCCAACCCAAAGUACUGUAGGAGGUACUGAUGUUCAUAAAUCGGAAUCACCUACUAACUCCCCGCCAGAAGACGGAUUUGCAGCAUAUUCAACUGCAUUAAGCGUGACUAUAGCUAUAGGAUGCUCAUUAUUAAUUCUUAAUGUUCUCAUAUUUGCGGGCGUGUACUACCAAAGGGACAAAACAAGAAUGAAUGGUCAAGAUGUUCAUACGAAUGGCUCACAUUUAAAGAAACGGGUCGAAAAUGGUCAAAUGCCUAAUAAUAUUUGCGGAGAUCUUGAAGGAGCUCUUACUUAUCAAACGAGCCUCAAGAACGACCCGGCAACAAUACUCAGUCACCACCAUACACAUUCUCAUCACCAAUUGCCUCCGCCCGAAUUUGCAGAUUUACCGAGUAAUAAUGUUACAGGCAUGGCUACAUUGCCCCGCGCACCACCUCCACCCAAAUUGGGAAAAAGCAAUAUAAAUACAUUAGCCAGUGGCCAGUUGCCCGAGAAUCAGCCUUUGCUGUCUGCACAUCAAAUGCAAAUGAUUAACACCAGUACUUUGACUAAAAAGAACACACAGUUGAACUCCAAGUCAAACGUGACGAUGGAGGAGCUGCGUGUGUGACGCCAGCGCGCCUGACUGCACCGGGCUGGGAGUUGCAGCGAUGUGGUUCACCACGACGAGAUCGUGUGACUUGAGCCGGACCUUCUCAAGUGUCUUACAGAUUACAUAUAGUCUGACGCGGUAAUCUCGGUGCCACUUUGAAGGUGAAUCGUUUAACUUGACUGACUGUAAAACGAUGGUGACAUAGCAUAGUGUAAAUUAAUGCAUCGUGGAGUAUAAUUAUUUCUAUAAAAAAACACAUAAGACGUAGUAAAACUACAGUGAAGUAAAAGUGCUAAGGCAUUAGUGUAGUUAAGUUAAAAUUAAUAUUUUAAUGUUUGUAAAUAAAUGUAAAUAUGAAGCCCUAUUGGUGUGUAAAUAUAUAUUAAUAUGUAGUAGACAGUUCAGUGGCAUAUCCAUCCUUAUAACAACUAUUUUAAUUAUAAUAGGGUGAGUUAGUACUAAUGAUUGUGUGGCGUGUGUAAUAGUGUUAAUUUCAGUCUUUUAUUAAAAUAAUUCCUUAAAUUACGUUUUAAUUAACGAAUUUUACAUAUUAAGGCAAACAUUUAAUAGUAGACUGAAAUAACGACUCAGUGAAUUUAAUAACAUAGUUUUAAUAGAGUCGAUCAUAAAUAUUUAAAUGUUACAGAACACCAACUUAUUGCCGCUAUAAACUAAUUAGUAGAAGCUGUAAUCGAUUUGUCACUACUAAGUUAAUGUAAUAGUUGUGUAAUCGUUAUCAUAUAGGUAUGAGCUGAAUUAGAUAUUAACUGUAGAAACAAAAUUUCUAGAUAGUUACUUUUUAUAUUGCGUGUACCUACAUCAUUGUUCAUCGUUUUGGACGGAUUUAUAGUAAUGACGACAUCAGAAUUAAUUGAUUUUAUACAUUUUGCCUAAUAUUUUAAUAGGUAUGUUUUAGUUUUGUUGUUUUUACAAACUUGAUGUAAUUAAUAAACGAGCCCUUACGAAACUUAUCGAUCGUGAUUAGAUUGCUGAUUAUUAACUAUAGGUACUUGCAAAUGCAUAAUUUAUUUUGUUUCUACGGUUAAUGACUAAUUUUUUUUUGUUUCUGACAUAGACGGACCAAUAGCUGUAAAUAUGUAAAUAAUUUAAGAUAAUCCUGUAUCAGGCAGUAGUGUUUCCGUUUUAUUUUACAUUUAAGUAUUUAAAUUGUGACUGAAUUGAAGUAUCUAUCUAUUCGUAGUAAUUAAUAAUAAAAAUAAAUAAAAGACAGAGUUCAAUAUGAAUGCACUAUUAUUAUUUAUUAUUAUGUUGAUCUCUCUUUGUUAUCUAUUAUUUUUCUUAGUAGGUAAAUCAUUUAAACUCAGCAGAAAAUGUAUGUUCGGUCUCUUGUUGUAUUACUGCCUUGCUGAGUUCAAAGAAAUAUAACAUUUUCACGCAUCUGUUCUAAACACGCAAAUUCGUCAUUCUUUUUAUGCGAUUAUAAUGCUAAAUUUAUUACAUAUUUUUUGAGGAAAAAGACAACACUUAAUUUUCCAUCGUACCGGGUGUUUACAGAGGUAUUACGGGUAAAAAUAAAGGCACAGUUCGUGUUUAAUCGCAAUCUUACUAAAAUAUUGUUUUCGAAAGAAAAGCUAUUUCAAAGAAAAUAGAUUGUGAGGGAGAUAACGAAAGUUACAUUUUCGGCUAGAGUUGCCAACCACUUCGUACUUUCAUUAGUAUUUUGACUUCUCUAUCAAUAAACAAAUGGAAAGCUAUUAUAUGGAGGAGGAGGGUCAAAGGUCGAGUUGAAGUCAAGUUAUGAAACCAUAUUCAUAUUUUCAUUGUAACUAAAAAUUUCCAAAAUAAUGGCUAUUAUCAUAAUCAUAUCAUUAUCACCUCUCUAUCAUAGCGCCCCAUCAAUUACGAUAUUUUAAGAACAUGUAAUUAAGCUAACUCAACUGAGCAACAACAAUUACCUACCUAAUGUCAUCAAUAAAAUCAUAAUUAAGUAGGUACCUACAAGCUUUCUUGAUCAAUAAAGUAGUAAGUAGUUAUCAACAUCAAGAGCACUGUUACCAAUAGCUUCUUAUACAUCCGCAUUUUUAGGGAAAAGUACGUUAGGUAUAAACUUUUUAGAAAAAUUACAAUCCUAUAUAAAAUUUCUACUCAGAAUCACGAGGACCCGAUUGCCCUUCUUGGGUAAAUGUCUGUGAUGUCAAUUGAAUCAAAGGUCCUAUCUGUGAUGACAAUUAAAUGAGAGAUCGAACAAACCAAAACAUCAUAAUAAAUGUGCACACUUCGAAACGCGUUUUAGUAGUUUCCUAAAUAAUUUAAACAGCACUAUUAGGUACCUACCGAACAAAAACAGAAAUGUGUAAUUUUAAAGAUUCCACCGAGAGUGCUGAUAUUAUUGACUUAGCCGUUAAGAUUUUAUUUAAUGAUGCAACUAACUAUACAUAGCUCCACUUGUUUUUGUACGAAUAAGGAUUAUAAAUGGAUUUUACAUUCACAUAGUCAUUGCAAUUAUUUUCUUCUUAAGUGCCCCUAUUAUCAUACAAUAAUAAGGUGUAAAUAUCAGCUUACAAAUUUGAUGAAAAAUCGUAGCACUUAAAAGAUUACGCAGUCAACUAGGAACCCUUAUGUAAUUUUGCCAUGUCCGUCUGUCUGUCCGAGGCUUUGCUCCGUGAUCGUUAAUGCUUCUAGCAUAGCUAUAAUUUGGCAUGGAUAUAUAAAUCAAUAAACCCAACCAAAUCGUACAAUAAAAUAAAAUAAAAUAAAUUGGGUACCUCCCCUACGAGUAUCUACACGUAAAGUGGGGGUGUGAUUUUUGCUCACUUCAACCCUAGGUACAGUGUGGGGUAUCGUUCGAUAGGUCGUUAAAAACGAAUAUUUAGGUGUCUACAUAUUAUUAUUGCUGAAAAUAAACAAUUUCAUUGUAAAACAGUGAUAAAUCCGUGAAAAACAUGAUACCUACUAAUAUUAUCUAUCUAGACGUAAUAUCUACGACCACAUAAUAAAAUGCGUGCGUAACGAAAUUCUUUGCUCCGGCUUGAUUUACGAAUUUUACGAAUACAAGUUACUAUGUAUCGCACCCCGCCUAAUUCACACAGAAAACUCCGCCCAUCAGUGGGCCAGUCUUCAGAAGUGCCUGACGAGUUUGGGGAAAGAAAAGAUGUAGUACAAUCACUCCGCUUCAAUAACUCUGACCUAGGGGCCCCGCCAAUCAAAUAUUCAUUUUACUGACCCAGAUCCAGUAGACUCUGAACAGGUAAGUGUACUUUCUCUGGACCAACGUAGCCUACAGCGGGCUAAACCAAGAGAAACCAACCGUUCUGGUCUGGAAUUACAGAGAGUAUGCACAUACCAAAUUUUGUCACCAUGAGCAUCAAUACCAAGAAGCAAAAACAUAUAUAUGAGGUCAAGAAAAAACCGGGCAAGUGCAAGUCGGACUCGCGCACGAAGGGUUCCGUAUGCAUAAAAAAGGCAAAAAAAAAACGGUUACCCAUCCGGUCAAAAAUCACGUUUGUUGUAUGGGAGCCCCACUUAAAUCGUUAUUUUAUUUUGUUUUUAGUAUUUGUUGUUAUAGCGGCAACAGAAAUACAUCAUCUGUGAAAAUUUCAACUGUCUAGCUAUCACGGUUCGUGAGAUACAGCGUGUUGACAGACGGACGGACGGACGGACAGCAGAGUCUUAGUAAUAAUAGGGUCCCGUUUUACCCUUUGGGUACGGAACCCUAAAAAGAGAACUCAACGAGUAACCUAGAUAAAUAGGCCGUAAUCAACAACUUACAGAUGUACUCAGACAUUACAGAAAAUAUUGCAAACCUGACUAGCGAACUCCUGGGUGAAGAAUACCUCCCUGCGUCGAAGAAACGGGCCAUACUUGCUAUCUAAAACAAAAAAAAACCGGGCAAGUGCGAGUCGGACUCGCGCACGAAGGGUUCCGUUCCAUAAUGCAAAGAAACAAAAAAAAACGCUCACCCAUCCAAGUACUGACCACUCCCGACGUUGCUUAACUUUGGUCAAAAAUCACGUUUGUUGUAUAGGAGCCCCAUUUAAAUCUUUAUUUUAUUCUGUUUUUAGUAUUUGUUGUUAUAGCGGCAACAGAAAUACAUCAUCUGUGAAAAUUUCAACUGUCUAGCUAUCACGGUUCGUGAGAUACAGCCUGGUGACAGACGGACGGACGGACGGACGGACGGACAGCGAAGUCUUAGUAACAGGGUCCCGUUUUACCCUUUGGGUACGGAACCCUAAAAAGACCAUCGAUCUUUGCUUUGCGACAGACGACGAAACCACACCAAAAACUAUAUAGACCACCUUCUACGAUCAUGCCCAAAAUUCACCAUCGCCUGGUUUAGCUACGAAAUCAUCUGCCAUAGUCUUCAAAUUCAACCGUACAACUUCCAAGACCUUAUUAACAGAGAAAGGUACACUGACCUCAUUCUGUAAACUAUUCACCACCAUAAUUAACAGUUUAAAAUAGUUCAACGGCACAUUUUGACAUUCAUCACCACCAUCAUCAUCAUCCAUCGUAACACAUCAAGUUUCACAAUUUAUAACAAUUAUAAACAGACCUUACGGAUCCCGCCUAGCAAUGCACGCACGAGAACUUUCCAAAGUUGCGAAACUUUCCACAUGAGAAAUUCUCGGUAACUUCUGAGAAUGUUCUCGAGAACGAGAAUUUAUUUAAUUAUCGUAGUUUAUACCAUGAAUAUUCACGAUAGUUUAGGUGUAGUCCUUACCCCCAGAAAAUUCCGACUUUUGGUCGUCCGCUUCCGGUUAGAAAAAUGUAUGACGGCCCGGCCAAACGGUCAGACUUAGGUGGGGGGUGCUCGACCAAAUGUCAUAGAGGGACCCUGGCAGUUUUUGACGCCGCCAUUUUUUUUCAAUAUGGCCGACUUUUUUUUAAACUUUUUGAAUUUUGUCCUAGCGCGCUGAAAUUUUGGUCACGGAAUCUCGGGGUCCCCUAGAUACCUAUGAAAAAAUUUUUUUUGGAAAAAUGCUACAAUUGCGGGAAAACUGGCCACUUUUAUUUUGUAUGGCAACUUUUAAACGGUGCGUGAUAGGUGGGGGGUGCUCGACCAAAUGUCAUAGAGGGCCCCGAGACAAAACAAACUUCAUUAAAAAAAAAAAUGGCCGACUUUUUUCUUUAAUUUUUUCAAGUUGGUCCGAGCGCGCUGAGAUUUGGCAUGGCGGGAGAUAGAGGCCUCUAGAUUCUAAUGAAACUAAAAAAAAAUUUUGGAAAAAUUUGUCGAAAGUCGAAAUGUUCUCUGAUAUAAAGUGAGAAUUUAAGCAACUUAUUGGUAAAUUUAUCACAUCAACACAAUAGCUAACUGUAAUAGACAGUAAUAUAUGCAUAAUAACGUUUAGUUUUAAGUUAUGCCUAUUUAAACUUUAUUUCAAGUAUAUUCUCUUGUUUAAACAAUAAUUCCCAUGUUGCAGGAAUGUUCUGAGAACAUUCUCGAGAACGUUUCCGCUUUUUGGGAAUGUUCUGCAAUUUGUACAUUGCUAAUCCCGCCGCCCCUAAACCACGCGGGGACUGGACCCGAAAUUAUAAAUGCCUAAAAAAACUAAUAGUGAGUUGAGCUUAUUGUGACGUUAGGGUACCUAACUACGGAACCCGAAUGAUAUCUGCCGAUCCCGGGCACGCACUGACGGCCGCUCAAUGCUCAAAGAGCUGCGAUCGGAUAAGGACCUGAAUUCACUGCACCUUAAGGUUAAUUAAUUAGUAGAUAUGUUGUAAUCAAAACCGCCAGCCCUUACGUGAACAACACAAACUCCAUUUGACACGAUUUUGCUGGUUUGCGGAGUCUGGUAAUGAGUGAAUUGACGCUUGCGCGCUGACUGUACAAAAUGUGAUAUCCUCCAAGCUCAAAUGCACUGCCUGGAUGCAAUUUCCAUUGUUCGUAUUAAGCUGGCGUCAUUACUCAGGAUAUUGUGUUAUAUUAUAAGAAUAUUCUCGGGUAGUUUUAGGGCCCGUACCUAACAUUAGAUAUUAAAAGGCGCCUGUGGGCGGCUAUGAACUGCGUCUAAUUUCAUAUACAUAUUUUAGGUAGGUACUACCUGUCCAUUAACCAAUGUGAAAAAAAAAAGUAAAUGGCAGUUGUACUGGUAUAUUAUAUCGAGCUCUACGAAGACCACAUUGGUCCUAAUUUUGUUGCAAAUUCAGUCUGCUCGUAUGUUUACAUUAACUUAUUUAUUGUCUUCGUAGGGCUCAUUAGGCGGCACGCGAACUCGUAUACGAUUUUAGAGUGAUUUUGAUAGCCCACGCAGUGCCAAUGUUAUUUUAAAAGUCAAACUUCUAUGAAAUUAUGACUUAGGACGAAUAAAUAACACUCACACUACGUGGGCUAUCAAAAUCGCUACAGACUUUUCUUGGUCUAACUCUAGUUAUAUUGCGGACUAUAAGUUACCGACAUAAAUUCAGCCCACAGAUCACACAAAACGCAAUGUAUAGAAACUCGCAUGCGAAUUCUCACUCCGUCUAAAUGAGCCUUGUCUUAUGAAAACCUCCACAAUAUUAGAUUGAAAGACUGAACAGUCUUCGGCUCGUAGCAGCCGCUAGCUGCAAUAUAUUUACGAGUAUAUUACAGCUAGCGUUGUAACCAAAUGAAAUAAAAUGAAUGAAUGAAAUAAAUAGUAAACAAUAUAAAAGAUCCUUUUGAGAAAGUAGUAAUUUUUCUCAAAUAAAAACACAUUUCAUCAACACAACCUCACCAUACGGUCCUUUAAAUGGUAUUUCAUCGCGGAAAUGUGAAAAUGUAAAUCCUUACUCGUAUAAAAUUCUUAUUUACUUACUAUUGUAAUUGUUUUUAUGUAAAUGAUUGUAUAAAUAUCUACAAUAUCGAUACCUACUUAGCCUGUACAAAGACUUCAUAUUAAUAACAUACUGAGAUACCGACUCAAAAUUACUUAAUAAAACGGAGUAAGAACGUAA